AUGGUGCAAGGAAACCUUGUGGAGGGUGUCGAACCCGAUGCCGGUUGCCCAAAUGAAAGCAACCCGUACUUUGCCACGUUUUUGGACGACUACAGCAAGCUCUUUGUCGUAAUUCCCAUGAAGCAAAAGGGCGAGGUGCCCAAGGUGACUGAGCACGUGAUCAACCGAUUUGAGUUGCAAUCGGGGAAGAAGCUCAGAUCGGUGCGGACGGAUCGGGGGAAGGAUUACGUCCUUUGCCCCUUAAGGACGCCUUCGGGGGCAAAGGGACGGAAGACGAGAAAACCGCCUCCCACACGGCCGAGCAAAACGGGACGGCAGAGCGACUCAAUCAGCAGUUGGAGGAGAAGGUCAGAGCGAUGCUCGAGGACUCAGGGUCAAAGAGUUGUGGGCGGAGGCCACAGUGACGGCCAACUAUACUCGGAAUCGGACCCUUCUGAGCGCGCACGGGAUGACCCCGUGGGAAGCGUCCUACGGCACGAAGCCGAAAGUGGGGCACAUACGGAUGUUGGGUCAAGGGCGAUUGCGCACGUUCCAAAGCAACGGAGACGGAAGUUGGAUCCGGUCAGCGAGCGAGGAGUGUUCGUGGGGUAUGAGCCGGACUCCAAGGCGUACCGGGUGCUUCGGAAGUGA